CCCCCAAGCCAAAGCCAAAGCCGAAACCCAAACCUUUCUUUUUUCUUCUUCUUUAUUGUUGCAUUAGUAAUAACACUACGUAUUUCUACCCCAUGCCCUUCCGCAUUAUUUUACGAGGCUUGGCCAUUCGGCCUGACCCACUUUUCCGACUCUUCCCCAAGCAUUAAUCAUCAAACUCGUCUUCUCCUUCGCUUCACUUCCUCUCCCUCAAAACUACAAACCCAAAUUCCCCCCAUCUUCAAAAAUCUCAUAUUGGGUUUUUGUCAAGACUGUUUCUUUUUCAGUCAUUUUUGAGCACGAUGGAUUCUUCUAUAUACGGUGUCUCUUCCUCCAAGACCUUCCUUUUCUUCUUGUUCUCCUUUGUUUCGUUUGCCAUUGCUGCAUUGCCUCAAAACCCAUAUGGGAAAUCCUUUGCUUCAUCAACUUCCGGUCAGAUUAACUCAAACUCUGUCCUUGUUGCUCUCCUUGACUCGCAUUACACUGAGUUAGCUGAACUCGUUGAGAAGGCUUUACUCCUCCAAACUCUUGAAGAAGCGGUUGGCAAACACAAUAUUACCAUUUUUGCCCCUCGUAAUGAAGCCUUGGAGCAUCAACUCGACCCGGAAUUCAAACGGUUCUUGCUUGAGCCUGGAAACCUUAAGUCCCUCCAAACCCUUAUAAUGUUCCACAUUAUCCCCAAACGGGUCGGAUUCCACCAAUGGCCGGAUCCCAAAACCGGACCUGUCAAACACAACACCCUGUGGAACGACCAUCUACACUUGACUUCCCAAUCCACGGGCAAGAAAACUGUGGACUCAGCCGAGUUGAUUCGACCCGACGACGUGAUCCGACCCGAUGGAGUGAUUCAUGGGAUCCAGCAGCUCCUCAUUCCCCGUUCCGUCAUAGAAGACUUCAACAAGAGACGUAAUCUACGAUCAAUCUCCGCCGUAUUACCUGAGGGUGCGCCGGAAGUGGAUCCUCGCACCCACAGGUUGAAGAAGCCAGCGCCAGUCCCAGUUGGAGCACCACCGAUACUCCCAAUCUACGACGCAAUGGCUCCAGGUCCUUCUCUGGCACCGGCACCGGCUCCGGGACCUGGCGGACCUCAUCAUCAUUUUGAUGGUGAAAGCCAGGUCAAGGAUUUUAUCCAAACUUUAUUACAUUACGGCGGGUAUAACGAAAUGGCUGAUAUUCUAGUAAACUUGACUUCUUUAGCAACGGAAAUGGGGAGACUAGUUUCCGAAGGAUAUGUUAUAACAGUCUUGGCUCCGAAUGAUGAAGCCAUGGCGAAGCUUACUACAGAUCAGUUAAGCGAGCCGGGGGCGCCUGAACAGAUUAUUUAUUACCAUAUUAUCCCUGAGUAUCAGACCGAGGAGAGUAUGUACAACGCGGUUAGGAGGUUCGGGAAAGUGAGAUAUGAUACGCUUCGUUUGCCGCAUAAGGUAGUGGCUCAGGAGGCUGAUGGUUCAGUGAAAUUUGGACAUGGUGAGGGUUCAGCUUAUUUGUUUGAUCCGGAUAUUUAUACGGAUGGGAGGAUUUCGGUUCAGGGAAUUGAUGGGGUUUUGUUCCCGGAAGAAGAGACUGAGACUGUUAAGAAACCGGCUACUGUUAAGGUCGCCUCCAAGCCCAGGAGAGGAAAGUUGUUGGAAGUAGGAUGUUGGAUGCUUGGCACUCUUGGACAGGAUUCACGAUUUCGAUUAUGUCAAUGAAUCUAUAAAAAAUUUUAGUGUCAAGAAAGGAAAAAAAAAAGGAAGGAAACCACAUGAAACAACCGAAACAAAGGUGAACAAUACUUUCGCUGGGUAAAGAUGCUUGUCGUUUGCAUUUGUAGGGUUAAAUUUUGUGUCAUAAUACACUGGAAGGGAGGCCUGAUGAUGAUGCUUGAUAUCUUCAAAAAAAUCCCAACAGAAUAGAAAGUAUGGUGUUAUUUUGUCAUGAAUACUGUAGUUACAUACCAUUUUUUUAUUAUUUUAUUUUUGUGUAUGAAUCACUGCCUCUUAUAUAUGCAUAAUGCAUGAACAACCUUGGAAAAACCUAUCUUUUCAUCGUAUCAAGUAUUCAUUUGUUAUUAUUAUUAUUUUUUGGAUUGUUUGUGCAUUAAUUGCUUGUGCAAUUUUCUCCCGUUCUUAUUAAUUACUCUGCUAUGCCUGGUGGUGGUUGUAUGGUUAACAAUAACAACAAUAAUAAUACCAACAGCAGGUCGCUGGUCUUUAUCAUUGGUUGGUGUUCCCGUCGUCGUCAUCAAUGAAAUGGUACAUAAUAAUCAAAACUUUGAUUAAUGUUUCUUCAAGGGAAUCCUAUGCACAUUUGGCAAUUUUCAAGUGAUCUUUGAGAUAAGAUUUCUAGCUCAUUAGGCAAGCUCUUUUUCGCAUUCAGGGUAGGGAAAUUUUAAUGUGAAAUUUUUGGUUGGCUAUGAAUUAGGCUUUAGUCAUUGUCUUUGACAAUACUAGUGGUAGGUGGGUUUUUUACUGUUACAACUAAGGAAAAGUCCAAAAGCAAUGAAACAUGGGGUGUAGUCUGCUGCAGAAAUAUUUCUGCUGGAUACUGCCUGUAGACUUUGGGUUGGUGGCCCCAGCUCACACUGUUACCUGGCUAGACUGAUUGGGAGUUUGCUGAGACAAUUGUUCAAUGUUAUUCAAGGCUAACUGCACUGUUGGUUCCAACAUAAAAAAAUAUUUUUUUUCAAGUGGCGCAAAUGGUAGAAUAAUCAAUCUCAUAUGAACAAUAUUAUAUAUUUUUUUAUACAUGUGAUAUUGAGUGAC